GUGUCCGUUAUUGUUUUAAUUGUUUUUAACGGUAGUUUUUAGGCUUCUGUUGCUGCACUUUAACAAUUAAUGUCUGGCAGUUGCACAGAGAACGGUUUCAUGUUCCAUAAUUUAUACAUGACAAUUGCAUUUAAACAUUUUUAGUGUUUUUUAGUAGUUGCACGGAGUUGUGUCUGCAUUAAUAAACACACAGGGAUUUAUUGUACGUGUGGAACAGAGGAGGUGUUUGUUCCCCACAACUGCCGUCGCUUCACGCCCCCUUCACUCGGUGUUCAGCUGUGAGAGGCGGGGAGAGACGCUGCUCUGCAGCCCAGACCGGGGAGGAGAGAGAGGGACAGAGACGGAGAAUGGCGAGAGGCAUCCACAACAUGGGGCCGAGUCCACGGCUUCUGCUGCUGCUACUGGGGCUAACGGGGCUCCUUCCGGCCCGCAUUCGAUGCCUGAAUGGCGACGAGGACCAGAACCAGGACAACGAGUGCAAGAUGAAGAGUGUCACCGUGUCGGCGCUGCCUUUUCUGAGGGAGAACGACCUCAGCAUCAUGCACAGCCCGUCGGCCUCCGAGCCCAAACUGCUGUUCUCCGUCAGGAACGACUUCCCCGGUGAUGUGGUGGUGGUGGACGACCUGGAGAACACCGAGCUGCCCUUCUUCGUCCUGGAGAUCUCCGGCAACUCCGAGGACAUCCCUCUUGUACGCUGGAAGCAGCAGUGGCUGGAGAACGGAACUCUGCUCUUCCACAUCCAUCACCAGGACGGCAGCCUGAGUCUCCCUGAACCCACCGAAGACCCCGCCAAAGACUCGGCAAAGGAGGAGCUGCGCAUCCUGCACAUCUCAGUCAUGGGUGGAAUGAUCGCCCUUCUGUUGUCCAUCCUGUGUCUGGUCCUGAUCCUCUAUACCCGCCGGCGCUGGUGUAAACGCCGCCGCAUCCCUCAACCCCAGAAGAGCGCCAGCGCCGAGGCGGCCAAUGAGAUUCACUACAUCCCCUCGGUGCUGAUGGGAGGCCAGGCCCGGGAAAGUCUGAGGAACUCGCGGGGUCAGGGUCCCAACAGCGGCACCCUCAGCAUCCGAGAGACGCCCAUACUGGAUGGGUACGAUCGCUACGAGUACGACAUCACAGACCUACGGCACCAUCUGCAGCGGGAGUGUAUGAACGGCGGGGAGGAGUACGCCAGUCAGGUCACCCACACUCUGGACUCCUUUCAGGGCUGUAAUGACAAGAACAACAUGGACCUGACUCCAGUGAGCGACAACACCAAGCUGGCCUUGAUGAACAAGUACAAGGACAACAUCAUCGCCACCAGUCCCAUCGACAGCAACCACCAGCAGAACACCCUGCUGCCGCACAACACCUCCACCAGCCAACGCAAGCGUCUCUCCAGCAACACCCGUGCGGGUUCAACUUUCUUGAACCCAGACGGAGACUCUGGAACGGAGGCAGACAGCGAGCCUCAGCUGGCCUUUUACACCGACCCAAACCGCAGUCGCCGCCGAAGUCGAGGUAUGAGAAAUGGUAACGCCAACAGCGCGUGGGGCUCAGGGGUAGGUUCCCCGCGGAGCCCCAUCAAUAAGACCACGCUCACUCUUAUAAGUGUCGUCAGCUGCGUGAUCGGCCUGGUUUACUCCUCUCACCUCGCCUGCAACCUGUCAGUACGAGUAAUUCUCCACGUGCCGGAGCACCUCAUCGCUGACGGAUCACGCUUCGUCCUGCUGCAGGGCAGCCAGUUGGACGCCUCGGAUUGGCUGAACCCGGCGCAGAUCCUGUUGUACUACCAGCAGAACGCCAGCGGGCCGUGGGUGAACGAGCUGUGUGGACGACGGCUCCUGGACCCCUGUGAGCACCAGUGUGACCAGGAGACGGGAGAAUGUCUUUGUCUGGAUGGCUACAUGAAGGACCCGGUGCACAAGCACCUCUGCAUCCGCAGUGAGUGGGGACCCAAUCAGGGGCCCUGGCCUUACACCAUCUUCCAGCGUGGGUUUGAUCUUGUGAUGGGAGAACAGCCGUCUGAUCGUAUUUUCAGGUUCACGUACACCUUAGGUGAAGGGAUGUGGUUACCGCUGAGUAAAAGCUUCGUCAUCCCCCCGGCCGAGCUGGCCAUCAACCCUUCAGCCAAAUGUAAGACGGACAUGACGGUGAUGGAGGACGCGGUGGACGUACGGGAGGAGCUGAUGAUCAGUUCGUCCUUCGACUCCUUGGAGGUUCUGCUGGACUCGUUCGGACCGGUCAGAGACUGCACCAAAGACAACGGGGGCUGCAGCCGCAACUUCCGCUGCAUUUCUGAUCGGAAGCUGGACUCGACAGGAUGUGUGUGUCCCCCUGGACUGAGUCCCAUGAAGGACGGGACAGGCUGCUACGACCACCACGUUGGCAUCGACUGCUCCGAUGGUUUUAACGGAGGUUGUGAGCAGCUGUGUCUCCAGCAGUUGGCGCCCCUAGAGGACGACCCCACCCUCUACAACAUCCAGAUGUUCUGUGGGUGCAUUGAGGACUAUAAGCGUGGUCCAGAUGGGAGGUCGUGCCUGCCGUUGUCGGAGGUCUGUACUGAGGGAAUUGACUGUGGAGAGGCGGUGGACAUCCCGGCCAACCAGACGGUGUUCGGAGACCUGUUCUACGGCUACAACAACCACACCAAGGAGGGGACGUCUGGUCAGAUCCUCAAGGCCACGUUCAGGCAGAAGAACUUUGCUCGAGGCAUCGAGCAGCAGCUCCCAGACGGCAUGGUGGUGGCGUCGGUGCCAACGGAGGUUCAGUGUCAGGAGGAACUGUCAGACCCCGUCCCUGACCCAGAGUAUCUCACAGGUAUGGUGAACUACAGCGAGGUCUCCGGCUACCCCCUGGUUCAACACUGGAAUUUACGCUCCGUGCUGUACCACGUCAAACUCAACCAGUGGGUUCUGUCUCAAGCAUUCAGCUCGGCCAUCCAUUCCCUGGACGGGGCAACGCAGCGGGGUGACUUUGUCUCCAUCCUCAGGGAGUUCGGAAACCACUUUGUGCAGGAGGCGGUGUACGGCUUCCAGGAGUCCUGCACCAUCUGGUACCCCAACAAGCAGGUCCAGAGGAAGCUGUGGCUGGAGUACCAGGACAUCAGCAAAGGGAACUCGCCGUCAGAGGAGUCAGAAGAGCGCGACAAGGAGCCCAGGACUCUGACGUUUCCUGCGUACGUCGCCAGUCUGCUGGACACGGGCGCCAAGCGAAUGGCGCCCGGCGUCCGUAUGGACUGCACCAGCCAGGGCCAGUGCCCCCGCUCCUGCCAUCUCUGCCACAUGAGCCCCAGGGCAGCGCAGGGGCGGCAGCAGUCUGAGCCUGUGCUGCUGCAGAUUACCAAGGCUGCACCCAUAUACGAACUGGUGUCCAACAAUGAGACGUAUCAGGCUCUUCAGGAGGCCAUGAUGAGCAUCCUGUGGUGUUCAGGGAAGGGCGACGUCAUCGACGACUGGUGUCGGUGCGACUCCAGCGCCUUCGGCACAGACGGACUCCCCACCUGCGCCCCCCUUCCCCAGCCUAUGUUGAAACUGUCCUACACCUACGAGCCCAGCAGCUCAUUGGUUAUCCUGGAGUGGAACCACACCGAGCCACCAAUCGGCGCCCGCAUCGCUGAUUACCUCAUCAGCCAGGAGAAAGUCACAGAGAGAACGGACCACUCUAAAGUUGAGACAGAAACCCUUCUGAGCUUUGUGGAUGACAUCAUGUCAGGGGCCAGGUCUCCGUGUGUGAUGUUGGGGGACAUUCCAAACCUUCUCUCCAUUUCCGUCAGCAUGAUCAUCCGCUGUCUGGAACCUGACACCACCUACAUGUUCCGGCUCUGGGCAGUGGACAACACGGGGCGCCGUUCCAGUCCAAGUGAGGUCACCAUUAAAACUCCAUGUCCAACUGUGGAUGACGUCAAAGCACAAGAAAUAGCUGACAAGAUCUAUAACCUGUUCAAUGGCUACACCAGCGGCAAAGAGCAGCAGACGGCCUACAACACGCUGAUGGACCUGGGAGCUCCCACGUUGCACCGCGUCCUCUACCACUACAACCAGCGUUACGAAAGCUUCGGAGAGUUCACCUGGAGGUGUGAGGACGAGCUGGGCCCCAGGAAGGCCAGCCUCAUCCUGUCCCAGUUAGAUGAACUGUCCCACUGGUGCAGGGGUCUCCUCCAGGAGCCAAAGAUCGGUCUUCGCAGGAUGUCCCUCAAAUUCCUCUCCUGCCGUUACACCGACAGCAAGGCUUUCGGUCAGAACUGGUCAGACAUGGGCCAGGAUGUGCACAAGGCCUGUGACGAGCAGAUGCUGGCCGUCAUGUACAAUGACUACGGUGAGCCUAAAGAGCUGUAGGUCCACUGUACUGCAGCAGUGAACGGAGGUCGACCAUCAAAUCCCCUCACUUAAACGGUAAAUGUUUAUUUACUAACGAUAUGUGUUCUUAAUGUGUCAUAAAAAUCGUGAUUGAUUGGAUGAUGAAUAUGAGAAGGCCCCAAAAUCAAAUGCCGGGUGUUGAAAUGCAUCAGUUGAACAAAAAAAAAAUCCCCACAGUGUGUGUAAAUAACCACCUAAAUAUUAACCAGAUUUACGCUUUCAUUUUUGACCGCCUUACGUACUUGCUACACACGGGGGCACUAUUAUCAACAAAAACACCAUCCGUUUACAUUCAUUUAUGCUAAAAACAAGUUUAAAACAAGUUUUCGUUGGACAAGUUUAUUCCUCAUUGUUUCUGUAGACUGUAUCUCACACAGCUUCUGCUGUCACUAAAACGCUAGCACAAGACAAUGACAAUAAUGAUCGACCUCAACAACAGGAAAACCACUGCAGUGUGGACGGUGUGUGGAUGACGACCACAGAGGAGGGUCCUCCUCAUCCUGGUCCAGAUGUAGUGACGUAAGCUGCUGAAUGUAGUAGUGCUGACGUUUUAUAUUUAAAACUCAAGCUGUAAAAAAAAA